AGCCGCUUCAAGUCUUCGAGUGGCCUUUUCGGAAGCAGCCUCUGAUCCCCUUUGCGUGUACGCCCUGCGCUCUCUCUCGCUAGUUUGCUGUCGCCAUGGCGGAAACUGCUCUUCAAGGCGGCGAGAAGGCCAAAAUCCUCGCGCUGUUCAGACGCUUCGACGACGCUGGAAGCGGCACCCUCGACGAGGAUCGGGCGGAUCCGAGCCGUCCUGGCGGCCCUGGACCCCGCGGGGCUCGCCGCGCGCGAGGGCGCGGUCUCGCAGCUGCUCGCCCGGGUGGGCCCCGCCCCGGCAGGGAAGGUCCACUACGAGGCGCUCCUGGAGCUCCUCUGGGAGGCCGAGGCCGGGCCGCCCGCGGCCCUCGCGGAGGCGCCGCCGCCCCCCGCGGCAGAGGGCGGCCCGGAGGCCGCGGUGCACGGCGUGCUGGUCGUGGGCCGCCGGGGCUGCGGGAAGACGUCCCUGGCCCUGUCGCUGCUGGCGCAGGCCGCGGGCGCCUACCCCUCCCGCAAGGACCCCGAGAUUCAGGCCAAGCGCAGCACGAUGUUGAAGGAGAGACGAUGGUUGCGACGGGCCAGCCUUACGAGCUCUCGGUCUGCGAGCGCACCAGCACCUCAAUUGGGCGCACCGUUGUCGUCGACACCCCUCCCUACGGGCACGGCGCGCGGUCAGAGAGGCCACUCCGCCCGCAGGGCACACGCAUUCCGCAGUGGCUCUCCAUCGUCCUCAACGCCCACGGUUUGCAAUCAAAGGCCGUUGUUCUCACAGUCGAUGGGACCGACACACCUCUGUGGGAGGAUGACGCUCACUGCGCGGACAUCGCAGCCCUCAUUGCUGCCCUGAGAAGGGAGUCCGUCGGAGUGUCUGUCGCGGUGACAAAGCUCGGGAGGCAGAGGGAGAUCGCCUUGUACGACGCCAGCCACGGCAAGCACCAUGGUGGCCAGGUAGGGCGGGAUCCCCGCUCUGGUUACGAGACGUUCGCGAGCAGAUAUGUAGAGAAGGUCGGCGCCGCCUUGCGGGCCAAGGUGUCUCGGAUCGACGAUGCCGCAGAAGAGCUCGAGCAGCCUUCUUUCCUGUGCGCGGGAAAAACGAUCUUCGACGUGCCAACCUGGUCGGGCGCUGACGAGUUCAAGUCUUGGCAGCAGAAGCGAGGCACCGCUGAGCCUCCGAACUUCAGCUACGCGACAGCUCGCCUGAGGAGGCUCCUCCAGUCCACCUCGGAGCAGGCGCCCCCGGCCUCUGCAUCGGCGCGGCUCUGAGACCGGACGAGGCCGCGCUGCAUGUGCAGCUCCGUGCUUUUUAUCAUUAGCCGCUCGGGGCGCACUGCACUGCACCGCUGCCUGCCCUGCCCUGCUGCCAACACGGCAGCACCCCCGGCCAGGCUGUCGAAUGACGUGCGCGCGAGCGCGCUCGCGCGGCCGCUGAGCCCCGCGCUGUCGGGUCCUGCGAGGGCGGCGGACGAGUCGGCGCUUCGGCGGCGGCGCGCAGCGUGCGCGGCCCAGGGCGCCUUCGUCGGUUCGGGUCGCGAAUCCCGCGCCCACCCGGCAGGACACAGAAGGCACUCCCGGCAUCCGGCCGUUGCCUCCCUGCUGAUG